AUAAUAACAGAGUAGUAGAAGGUUCAUGGCUGGCGGACGAACGGGUGGCCGCUCGUGCUUCGCUCCUCGAACCCGUUCAAACCUGGCUGUAGAUUCCAUUCCGCACGUAUCGUUGUCGUGCGGUGAGAAAAGAAACAAAGCAACAUACAGAAUCCAGCGGACAUUUAACGACGCGUUCGCGCCGUGUGUGUAAGUGUGUAUACGUGUUCCAUUACCGCAAAGUGGUGCGCUGACGGCUCGAUAACUCUCGCAGGAAACAAGUUGCGUGAGAUUUUCUCGAAAUCUACCUCUCGAAAUCAGGUACUGAGAAGAGCUUCGGUAUUCGAUUGAUAUUUUAAAUCGAAACCGCGAUCAAGCACGCGAGUGCUGUUUUUUGAUCGACGAAAACAACGUCACCAAGAAACGAGUCGAAACGAAAUCGCGUGAAUUCGUGCGGAACUGCAACUACCUCGAAAUAGGGAGAUAAGGGCAGGCAAUAAAUGAGAGAAAUUAACGAACAUUAGACUGACAUUUAAUUCGAAAGCGGGAGUGCGCGGAGAUAUUAUCUCCCUGUCAAGGCGAAUCCGUCGCUCGCUCUCUCCCAGUGUUCCGAUUCUUCUCUUUCUCUCCGCUGCGUGCGUUACCUCAUCGCGGCAGAGUCGGCUACGUGUAACGAGUGUGUGCGCGCGUUGUGCAACUCGCCGUGCCGCUGGAUUCCCGUGAGGAGAGAGCGCGAGAUUCGGACAGGCACCGUGCGUUCGAUCCGGCUCGGGAGCAAAACAAUGCGCUGCUGGUGUAACGCGUAGCUUGUGUGUGUAUCUGCGCGCGCGCGCGCGUGUAUGUGUGCAUUGCAGCUGCCGUGACGGCGCGCUAGUGUGCGUUUGUUUAUGCGCGUAGAUUAGCCGCACGCUCGUACUCGCGCGGCGUUCAUUCAAUAGCCAGCCAGCCGCGCGACUUCUUGUCUCCUGUCGUCGAUUUUCGCUUCGAAAGCAAGCGCGAGCAGCGAGGAUAUAUUGCCCGCGGGCCCGCGCGUAUUUACUGAGUGAAUCACGCGCGUCCCGUCUGAUUACGCACGGACGCGCCUGGCCGGAUACGGUGUAUAUAUACACUGCGCGCGAGUAUUAUUGUUGACGUGUCCGCGCGCCGCGACAUCGAACGAGCCGUACAGCCGUGAGAGAGAGAGAGAGAGAGAGAGAGAGAGCGAUUUGCGGUUAAUUAUCGGAGAACGACUGUGGAGUACAUAAACCUUCCAUCGUGGGAAAAAGAAGAGCGAAGUCGACUUUUUCUCGCAUAGAAGAACGACUUUCCGUGAACGACAAUAUUUCCUGAAAGAAUCGUGCACAGAGUGUUUUCUUUCUCCCUCCAUCUUCAUCCUGUUGUGUUGUUACUGAAGAACAUCGACCUAGAGUAAACAGUCGCUCGCAAGAGCGAGAGAGAGACAGCAGCAUUGAAAACUAGACGGAGAAAGGAAAACAAAUACAAAGGCUUGGGUGAAACGGCCGGAUCCCACUAACCGCUCGAAUCGGUCCACUACCUUAGUCGGACGACAGCGACGAGCUGCAAAUAUUCGUGAAUAUUUUUGAAAACUGUUGAAUUCGCAAAUCACAAAGAUGCCGAGCGCCGAGGAGACGACGUAUCUGAUCGGCGUGAUGCCGGACGGCGCGGCGCAAGCCGACGCGUUCCUGACGCGCGACGUCGACCUGCUGGUGUCGCAAAUCAAGGAGAACCUGCGGCUGUCCAGCCUGAAGGCCAAGUCCAGCGUGAGCCACAAGAACAGCCGGCCGUCGCCGUAUCGGGUGCCGGCGCGUUCCUGGGCCGACCCGGCGGCCGGCUGCGAGGUCUGCGGUUUGCGAUCCAGCGGCCAGCAGCCUCAGCAGCAGCAGCAUCACAUGUCCACGGGACAUCAUCAUCAUCACCACCACCAUCACCAUCAUCACUAUCACAACCAUUUGAAGAGGAGCGAAAGAAAUAGAGUGGACGACGAUCCGUACGAGGUGCUGCAAGAGCUGCUGCGCGAAGGCGGUCUCAUCAAAGAAGCGGUUAAAAGGCUACAGGCGAACCUCGACGAGCUUUCCAGCUCGGAGGUGGACGAGGAUGAAGAGGUGGAUGACGAGGACGAUGAGCAGCGAUCGAACGGUGGCUACCGUAGGAAGCCGUAUUUCUACGAUUCCGAGGACGAGCCGUUGCCGCCGAUGUACGAUCCUUUGGAGCUGUGAGGGACGAAAAUUUCUUUGAGCGUCGCUGGGUAUUUUGUUCUGUCCCUUUCUGCGACCAGGUUCGAGAACGAAAGAGCUUUGUCUCGAAAAAUAGAUCAGCGGGGAAUCCUCUCGAAGGGUAGAAGAGGAUUGCCCUGCGGAAACAUCAUUCUUCUCGGAAGAUCGCGUGGGAGUCGACGACGACAAUAUGCGCGUGUGGUAGUGGAGCAGUGCGUUCACGCCCACAGACACAAUUAGGCGAGAACUCGCCUUACAUGGCCGUGUUUGUAAAUACGCUGCGUUGUCGGCGUUGCGCGCUAGCUCGCUUCGUAAUGGCCAGAGAUCGCCGUCGCCGCUGUAUCGACGCUCACGGGCCUACGUGGAAGACUUAUGGCCGCCGCCGACGCGGUCCACUCGACUUGCUUCAGCGUUCGCGAAAGCGUACGAAAGAUGUUCCUUUCCCGUGUAGCGUUACUGUGUUCUGUUUCACUACUGUGUCAAUAAUUUUCUCGUCGGUAUCAUAUAACAUCGGAUUGAUGUUUGAUUCCGGUUUGUAUCGUUGAUUAAAAUAUACACACGAGAGAUUUGUUCGCGUCGCAACCAAUCUAUAGUAUACGUAAUGUAAUACUAUAGAUUGGAGUAUAUUGGAGCGAGUAAAAGCAUGUUGAGGCAUGUGACGCGAACAAACCUAAGAUGUUCCUUUUCCAGAGCGCUGCUCUGUAUUGGUGAUAUUCAUCGAUAUUAUAACAAUGAUCAAAUUAUCAGGCGAAAUAACAAAUGGUAAUGAAUUGAUACAGUAUCUUUAAUUUCUCAAAACACAAAACAAUUUCAUAAUUUCACAAAUUGAGAAAUUAUUAAUAAUCGUAACUGAAGUCUUAUGAAAUUGUUUUGUGUGUGUUUUGAGAAAUCAAAGAUAUUGUAUCAAUUCAUUACCAUUUGUUAUUUCGCCUGAUAAUUUGAUCAUUGUUAUAAUAUCGAUGAAUAUCACAAUAUCGAGUACCUCUGCAGCUGAUUCAUCACAAAAUUCUUGAUUAAAGUUCCAAAUAUCAAACCGAAUAAAUUGCCUUUAAUAAAUAUGGAGAGAAAUUAAAAGUACACAGCAUCAUAUAAUUUUUAAAUGCAUUCUUAGUAGGUUUUUUUCGAUGGUAUUUGUUUUGUAGCAAAAUUGCUAUUUUUUUUUGCACUUAGAUAAGAAAGACUGAAAAAUCUUAAAAAUAAUAAUGGUAAUUUUUUUUUGC